AUGUUCCAAGUCCGUUCGCAUCGGUGGAGAGCAGUUUGUAGACCGCUGGGCGUGUUCGUGACGUCCGCGUUUCUCCUCUUAUUACUGUCGCUCGCCUGGUUACCAGCAUCACGAUCCCAGGUACUAGACAGUCCUGUCCUAUGGCUCACACUCUCAACACUGGGCAAAUUCCGCCUGCCAUGCGUCUCGCACCCUUACCUCCGAGAUUGCACCUGCCUUGUCGUUUACGCUCUCCUCUCCCCGCGUCGCGUUCUUUCCGUCCCCUAUUCCGAUUUCCCUUUCCCCAAUGCUUACAUCCGCUCUUCCCUUCCCCUCUUUCGCACAUUCCCUCUUCCCUCCCCUCUUUCCCACACUCCCCCUUUGUUCCUCCCCCACAUUCCCCCUCCCAUUACUCUAUCCCCUCUUCCUCGCCUCCCAAUGUUCCCUCUCCCCACGUCCCCUCCUCCCAACGUUCCCCCUUUCCCACAUUCCCGCCUCUCAACGUUUCCCCCCUACCCUACACCCUCCCUCCGGAAAUUCUCCCCACAUGCCCUCCCCGCUGCUUCUGACGAAAAGGACGCGCAUUCAGCCGCCGCAGGAGAGAGCGCGGGGGCAGGAGACGGGGCAGAUGCAGGAUACGGGGAGGAACCGGGGACAAGAGACGGGGGGGACGCAGGAGACAGUGAGAGCGCCGACAGCAGCAGUGGCGAGAGUGCCAUCGGCGAAAGCGGCAGCGAGAGUGACAGCAGCGAGAGUGGCAGUGGCGAAAGCAGCAGCAGCGAAAGCGAAAGGACGAGCAGUGGGAAGUUGAGGGGAGUGUUUGAGCUGCCGGAUCCGCCGUCCAGAUUCGAUGCCCGGGCUGCGUGGCACCACAUGCGCUACCGCACGCCUGACGCGUGCUGGAGCCAGCAGGAGCGGCACCUGUACCACACGGCGGACCAGUCACACCCGUCACAGGCGUUUGUGGAUGCCGUGGUGAUGUUUGAGGCGAUGCAGAGGGAGUGCGUGAGCCAGGGUGGGGUGGAGGACUGGGAGUGGGUGCGCAACAGGACAGACUGGGAAGAAGGAAUCCCACGGUACGGGCCGAACAGUAAGCCGUGCCGCUACAUUAUGAUUCACGACCUGAGUCGAGGAGUGGGCAAUCGAAUCGCAUCGUACGUGAUCUCCUUUGUGCUCGCCCUGCUCACCAACCGUGCAAUCAUUACGCCGCCCAACGGGUUCCUCACCCGCCGAUUCUGCAACCCCUUUGCACGCGGAAACACCUCCUGGACCAUCCCACCGGCUGUCUACGAUCUGCUGCUGGCGUCAGCACUGCCAGAGCCACGGCUACAUCUGUCAGAGAUGGCGAAGCGGUUGAACAUAGGAGUUGCCAGGAAGCGCAUCCCGGCGGUGACGGCGUUUCUGCAGAGGGACGUGGAGCGGAACGGUUCUGUGUGGGUCGACCUGCAUGCCAGGGUGGUGAACCAGUUCUGUGACGUCAUAUGGGAAACAGUUGAUCUCGCCCCCUUCUGGUUUACCAGCAUCGACGCCUACUCCCUCCCCAGCCUCUACUACAUCAAGAGCUACGCUGAACGCCUGCACGAGUUGUUCCCAGACCGCCGCGUGUUCACCCACGUGGCUCGCUUUCUUCUGCAUCCCGACAACCGCCUGUGGGCCAAGAUCACCUACACCUUCCUCGCUAACCUCGGCCACUACCCGCACCGCCUGGGAGUGCAGAUCCGUUCCCCUGACGGCAUAGACCUUCCUGUGGCAGACCGCAUUCUGCGCUGUGGUGUGCGAGCACAGUACCUGCCGCCCACCCAGCCGUACCCCGAAGAUCCGUCCAUGGCCACGCCGACCCUCGGCUACCCGGGCAGCGGGGCGGGUGGCGGUGGGGACGCGGAGACGUACCGGUCGUUUCACACGAUGGGGGUGUUUGUGUCGUCUCUGAGCAUUCGGCACAUGCUAGAUCUGGAAACGCACUACGCGCAGCAUCUGACCAUUGGCAACACCUUUGUCAGCUUCUGGUCACUUACCAAUGAGGGGAGGGAGACGAGAGACGAGCAGCAGCUGAUCGAUGCAGUCAUGGACAUGUGGAUCCUCAGCUUCAGUGACCGCCUGCUGAUAACGCACAUAUCGUCGUUCGGCCGAACAGCAGUCGGGCUAGCGGGCAUCGAGGCAUACUCCAUGGCAAUCACAGUCAUCAAGAUGAGGGGGGUGGACUGGCGCAAGAGCACGGGGCCUGUGUGCGAGCGCGUCUCCUCUGAACCCUGCGACACCGUGGGGAUGCCAGUGAAAUAU